AUUUAUUUUUUUUGAAGUGGGUGUUCAGAGUCUAGUGUUUAGUGUUUGAGCAGAGAGAGCCGGCCUUUUGGGAGACUGAGUCUGAGUCUGAGUCUGAGUCUGAGUGUGAGUAUGAUUCGGAGAUCCUAACCUUGACAGGGAUAACACAACCACUCGCACGCAUCGCAGCUUUUUCUGCUUUUUCAGCUACUGGGGCUAGAAGCGUUUCUCGUGGAAUCAUCAUUUUCGGGCAAUCGCCGACUCGCCGCCGGCCGGUUUUCUGUUCUGCGCAUGAGAGAGAAGUAGUGUCGCGUUGCUGCUUUCUUGGAUUUUAAUUAAUGGCCCAAAUGCUCUCAGAGAAGAGUGAUUCUUCUGUUCAAGAGGCGCUCAAGACCCUCUGCUGCUCCAACGGAUGGUCUUAUGGCGUUUUCUGGCGCUUUGAUCGCCCCAAUUCCUUAUUGUUGACAAUGGGAGAUGCCUACUACGAUGACAAAAUGGGGGCUGCCAUUGACAACAUGCUUCUGCAAGUCCACAUCCUCGGCAAUGGAGUUGUUGGCCAAGCCGCUUUCACUAGGAAGGACCGGUGGAUGUUUGCAGAUGCCCAUUCUGGAGGUCCGAAACCCGCUGGCUCUUUCGAAAGCCCGGAUAUUUUCCAGGAUGACUCCGAGAUUGAUCGCCUGUUCUCCUCUGGAAUUCAGACGAUUGCGCUAGUCUCUGUUGAGCCACGAGGUGUGGUACAGUUUGGCUCGACCCAGAAGAUUCCGGAGAGGGUGGAGUUUGUGGACCGAACAAAAAGACUCUUUCUCGACAUAGAUAAUCAUCGAAUGGAUACUGAUACAGACAACAACAAUACACCUUCAUCUUCAAACAACGAAGUCUAUGGUCAAGGCGGGGUGUUUGCUUCUUUGAUAUCAUCUGGGGAUUCCUGUUUUGAUACCCUGAAACUGAUGAAUGGCGCCACCUCCAAGAGUUGCUUGGGGCCGAGCUCCUCAACCUAUCCUCAGCUGUUACCUGCUUUCACUUCAAUCCCGGGAUGCAUGAACUCGUAUCUUCUUCAAGAUCAAUUGCGAAUGGCUGGCAUCGAAUCUCCAUUCAAACUGUCGAGCAAGCCUACCGCUUGGUUACAGGAGCCGCUUGAACAGUCUGCCACUUCAAAUCGCCCCAGUGGCCCAACUGGAAGUUCACGGAGUUUUGGAAACUCGCUUCUGACUUCUUUUGAGCAACAACUGACUUCUUCUGAUACAACUCUCACGGGUUCUCAAAAUAUGCAUUCUGCUAAACCAAACGGCCUUACAUCUUGUAGUAAUGCAAUUCAGAAUAUUCAGGGUUCAACAUUUCCUUUAGUACACGAGAUAGGAGUAGAUAGAAUAGAGAAUAGGUCAACUAACCAAAGAGCAUUCAUGGAGUCGCCUCAGGCAGGUGAUCUGACAAGAGUUCUCCAAAAAUCUGGCCCAGUGGAUGAUUAUCUCCGGUGGAUUGUUCCCUUGCCAGAGCAGAGCGAUAACACGCUGGCUACCCUAUUGAAUGAGAACCUUUCACAAGGAAUGGAACUUUCAUCAGUAUCAUCUGGUCUGAAUGGACCCGCCGUCCCAGCCAACACUCCAGUUAAGCAUUCGGCUAAUUCCAUGCAAAGUUCCAUCACAAAUACGAUUAAUUCCGAGGGAAACAGGGCUUUCUUGAACGACUCCAACAUUGAGAAUGACUUCUUUGAUGGCAUGGGCAUAGAUUUUGAGUGUGGACAGGCAGAGGAUUUUCUAGCCGACAUUCUGAUGCCAAUAGUGAGUGGUGGCCACCUGGAUUUUGGUACGGUUGCUUCAGAAUGCAUCCCGAAGGAACAUAUUGGCUCCCAAGAAACAUUAUUCUCCAAAUUAGGAAUCGAGCAGUUCUUCGAUAGUACUGCCAGUAGUUGCAAUUCCAUUGGCAGUUCUUGUUUUGAGGAUGAAUUGUCCCUGGCCUGCAAAAGAAGAAUAGGAAAUUGCUCGGUAAGUGGUGAUCCGGUGGAGUUGAAAAGUAUUCCCUCCUUUGGUGAGAACAUGAACUCACCCCAGCCUGUACAUAACCUGGAACUAAAGAAAAAGGUUGUGUUGCAAUCAGAGGUGGGUUCACGGAGUGCUGACAGUUAUAGCAUCACUGGUGGAAGUAGUGUUGUAUCACAACCUAAAAGGUCUGGAGAAGGUCCAAAGGGUGCCAGGAAAAGAGCCAGACCAGGUUCUCGACCUAAGCCCAAGGACCGCGUCCAGAUCCAAGAACGCAUAGCAGAGUUGAGGAAACUCAUUCCCAAUGGUGUAAAGAUGAGCAUUGAUUCUUUGUUGGCACAAACAAUCAAACACAUGCUUUUCUUGCAAAGUGUGACAAAACAUGCAGAGCAACUAAAACAGGCCAAGGAACAAAAGGGAAAUGAAGUGGUCCCAGGAGAUGACUCCUGUAAUGGUGUUUUGAAUGCUCUUAGGGCUAGUGAAGUUGGGGCUCGGACCAUGAUGGAUCCAGUGGAUGUUAAGGACCUCAGUCUUCCUGGGCAAAAACUAAUACAGAUUAUCUGUGAAGAAAAGGGAUUUUUUCUUGAGAUAGUAGAUGUAAUUCAAGGUUUAGGGUUGACCAUCUUGAAGGGAAUGAUGGAAAUUCAAGACAAUAAGAUAUGGGCUUGCUUUGUUGUCGAGGCUGAGGCAAAUAGGCGUGUAACAAAACAGGAAAUAUCCAUCUCCCUCUAUCAGCUUCUAUAUCAGAAAUCAACAGGUGAAAUUAAUUUACCUGGUGAACUAGCAAAUGUUCUCAAUGUAGGGACUAUGGUAUUCAACAACUACCAUCAACCUGUGGUAUCCCUUCCCAUCAGCUUGGCAGAGGGACUUAUGUGAUUGAGCUUUCGAGGUAGCCACAAAUACUUUGAGAAUCCACUUGUACGUGCCAUGGAAACAGACCCUGAAGCACAACGCGGAAAGAACAAAGAUAAAUACACAAGAAUGUGCAUCAACCAAAAGAGCUGUCUGCAAUAUUCUAGUGUAAGCAGUCCCAAGUUGUAGCAGACAAGUGAACCAAGUUUGCCAACUUAAAUAGGCUUAAAACCAUUCAAUAGGCAGCCCGUGUUUUGAAUAGAAAUAUGGGAACAUAAAUGGGAAGGACAAAUAGUUACAUACUUGUUUUAUUCUUUUGAUUUGUUUUGUUGUCCUCUCUAGUUCCAAACCUGUUCAUAGAUUGUAGCUGAUAAGCCAGUAAAGUGUAAGUGCUAACCUCUGUCCUUCGGACCUUCUUGUGGUCAUUUGACUUCAUGGACCCCUGCAAAUCUUAGAACAAUUAAUUAUCAA